GAUCACUGUCCAUUGGCUUGUCCUGCUCUCUUUUUCAUGUCCAGCCCCUGAUGAGUGUCCAUUGGUGUUGCCUUCGCCUUCCCUCCUCCCCUCUCCCCGGCUUGCCCUGCCCAUGUUUUGUAUGUCUCUGUCCAUCCAGGCUCCUGACGUUCAAGUUCGCAGGGACGUCACGUCCGCACUUGAACUUGCAGCUCAGGGGGGCUUUUGCCAUUUUUUUCAUCUCUCUCUCUCCUUCUCUCUCUCCCUCUCUCUCCUUCUCCCUCUCUCUCUCUCUCUUUUUUUUCCUUGCACAAAAAAAAAAAAAAAGCCAUGACUGCUAUCCCACAAUUCAUCUUCCCUGCGCCAUCUUUGUAUUAUUUCUAAUUUAUUUUGGAUGUCAAAAGACAUUGAUGAAGAUAUUUUCUCUGGAGUCUCCUUCCUCUCUAACCCGUCUCUCCCGAUGUGAACCGAGCGACUCACAAGCCACCGAAGCCACCAACCCACCAUGUCGCGCCGCAAGCAAGGCAAACCCCAGCACUUAAGCAAACGGGAAUUUUCACCCGAACCUCUUGAAGCCAUUCUCACUGAUGACGAACCUGAACAUGGCACAUUGGGAGCUCCGGAAGGGGACCACGACCUCCUCACUUGUGGCCAGUGUCAGAUGAACUUCCCGUUGGGGGACAUUCUUAUUUUUAUUGAGCACAAACGGAAACAAUGCAAUGGCAGUCUCUGCUUAGAGAAGGCUGUGGAUAAGCCACCUUCACCCUCACCAAGUGAGCUGAAAAAAGCAUCCAAUCCUGUGGAGGUUGGCAUCCAGGUUACGCCAGAGGAUGACGAUUGUUUAUCAACGUCAUCUAGAGGAAUUUGCCCUAAACAGGAACAUAUAGCAGGUAAAGACGAGCCCAGCAGCUACACGUGUACGACUUGUAAACAGCCUUUCAACAGCGCCUGGUUCCUCUUGCAGCACGCACAGAACACGCACGGCUUACGGAUCUACCUAGAAAGCGAGCACGGCAGCCCCCUGACGCCACGGGUUGGUAUCCCAACAGGACUAGGUGCAGAGUGCCCUUCCCAGCCACCUCUCCACGGGAUUCACAUUGCAGACAAUAACCCUUUUAACCUGCUCAGAAUACCCGGCUCAGUCUCGAGGGAGGCGUCGGGGCUGGGAGAAGGGCGUUUCCCACCCACGCCACCCCUCUUUAGCCCUCCCCCGAGGCACCAUUUGGAUCCGCAUCGCAUUGAGCGCCUGGGUGCGGAAGAAAUGGCUCUGGCCACCCAUCACCCUAGUGCCUUUGACAGGGUGCUGCGACUGAACCCCAUGGCGAUGGAGCCCCCCGCUAUGGAUUUCUCCCGGAGGCUGCGGGAGCUGGCCGGCAACACCUCCAGCCCGCCCUUGUCCCCGAGCCGGCCCAGCCCUAUGCAAAGGUUGCUGCAGCCCUUCCAGCCCGGCAGCAAGCCCCCGUUCCUGGCCACGCCACCCCUUCCUCCUCUGCAGUCCGCUCCUCCUCCCUCCCAGCCGCCCAUGAAGUCCAAGUCCUGCGAGUUCUGCGGGAAGACCUUCAAGUUUCAGAGCAACCUGGUGGUCCACCGCCGGAGCCACACCGGGGAGAAGCCCUACAAGUGCAACCUCUGCGACCACGCCUGCACGCAGGCCAGCAAGCUGAAGCGCCACAUGAAGACCCACAUGCACAAGUCCUCCCCCAUGACGGUGAAGUCGGAUGACGGGCUCUCCACCGCCAGCUCCCCUGAGCCGGGCACCAGCGACCUGGUGGGCAGCGCCAGCAGUGCCCUCAAGUCCGUGGUGGCCAAGUUCAAGAGCGAGAAUGACCCCAACAUGAUCCCCGAGAACGGGGAUGAGGAAGAGGAGGAAGAGGAGGAGGAGGAGGAGGAGGAGGAGGAGGAAGAGGAGGAGGACUUGAACGAGAGCGACAGGCCGGACUACAGCUUCGGGAUGAGCCUGGAGGCGGCCCGCCACCACGAGAACAACUCGCGGGCUGGCGAGGAGGGCCGGUCGAUGCCGGACGUCAUGCAGGGCAUGGUCCUGAGCUCCAUGCAGCACUUCAGCGAGGCCUUCCACCAGGUCCUGGGGGAGAAACACAAGCGGGGCCACCUCCCCGAGCCCGAGGCACACAGGGACACUUGCGACGAAGACUCGGUGGCCGGCGAGUCUGACCGCAUCGACGAGGGGGCGGUCAACGGCCGGGGCUGCUCCCCGGGGGAGUCCGCCUCGGGAGGCCUGUCCAAAAAGCUGCUGCUGGGUAGCCCCAGCUCCCUGAGCCCCUUCUCCAAACGCAUCAAGCUGGAGAAGGAGUUCGACCUGCCGGCCGCCACCAUGCCCAACACCGAGAACGUUUACUCCCAGUGGCUGGCGGGCUACGCCGCCUCCCGGCAGCUGAAGGACCCCUUCCUCAGCUUCGGCGACUCCCGACAAUCGCCCUUCGCCUCCUCCUCCGAGCACUCCUCGGAGAACGGCAGCCUGCGCUUCUCCACGCCGCCGGGCGAGCUGGACGGAGGGAUCUCAGGCCGCAGCGGCACGGGAAGCGGAGGGAGCACCCCCCAUAUUAGUGGCCCGGGCCCUGGCAGGCCCAGCUCAAAAGAGGGCAGACGCAGCGACACUUGUUCGGCGUACCCCCCCAGCUGGCGCAGUGCCCAGGGAGCCCCGGACGUCUGGCAGUUUUCGGAUGGAAGUUCAAGAGCACUUAAAUUCUGAAAGGAGGUGAAGCUGGGGCGAGCGGCCGGCGGCGUCUCGGCGUCCGGAGGUGGCCUCUGUCCUGCUGGCUCGCCGCAUCCCUGGGAGAGCCUGAGAAGUCACCCGCCGAAGGCAGCGCUCCCCGGGCUCCUCCUGCCUGCAAGACUAUCGUAUUUAUAUUUUGUAAUAGAGUACAACAGUUCUUUGGGGUUGGGGGUUUUUUUUUGUUUGUCUCUUUCUUUUUUUAUUUUCUAAAAACAAAAAAAAGCAAACCCACCCACCAAGCUCAAGGGCUUAUCGAUGGCUUCGACGGGCUCCUUUCCCCGCGAAAAAGACUGUCUUGCUCUUGUGGACAACCCAGCCUGUUGGUUAUCUCCAUGACGUGCCAUUUCUCGGAAGUCGCAUCUGAUGUGACGAAUUAAAAAUACAACAAAACACGGUGUAGGUCUGUGGGUGGGUGGGAAAUUGCCAUAAUAAAUGUUGGAGCUUUA